ACGAACAAUUUGCGCACUUGUCGGUUUGACUUUCUUGGAAUGAUCCGGACGUCGUGAGAGAGCAUUCGCGAAAUGGUUCGAUUUUUCGGGAAUGUGAUCGGGAAAGAAGUGAAACUGGUCGAUGAAAGCCAUCGAACAGGCGAUGGUGUUGUUGAUCUUGUCUUGGGUCUUGUAGAAGACCAGCGGAUUGUUAUCCGUAAUCCAUCGGACUUGACUUCGACCGAGAAGAAAAUGUUGCCAUCGCUUGAGCGUGUGGAUGAAGGUUUGAAGCCCGAUAAUGCGAAGGCGGCCAACAUUCGUGACUGGCCGCGUCCUCAGUCUGUGACUGAGAUGAGGUCCUUCUUAGGUAUGACCGGCUACUAUCGCAAUUUUGUGAAGAACUAUAGCAUAGUUGCCGCCCCUUUGACGGACAUGACUCGCCUUGAUACCCCAUGGGAGUGGACAGAGAGGUGCAAGGCUGCUUUCAAACAUUUGAAGCAUGCGUUGACGCAUCAUGAGGUCUUGAAACUUCCUGAUCCUAACAAGUCGUUCAUAGUAACCAUGGAUGCCAACCAAUAUGGCAUUGGUGUCGUGCUAGCGCAGCAGGCGGGGCCAAAGUUGAGGCCAAUUGAGUACAUGUCCAAAAAGAUGCCCUCUCGGACGUUGGCUAAGUCCACCUAUGAGAAGGAGCUCUACGCGAUUUACAAGGCACUGACCCAUUGGAGACAUUAUCUCCUUGGGAGGUUCUUCAUCGUCAGGACUGAUCAUCAGACCCUGAAGUGGAUGAGAACUCAGCCUUUGCUCUCUGAUGCCUUGAAGCGCUGGAUCGAAGUCAUUGAACAGUAUGACUUUGAACCCCAGUAUCUGAAAGGGGAGUACAACAACGUUGCUGAUGCCUUGUCACAUAGGCCUGACUUCUCUAGUGCGCUGAUCACUGAGUUUGGGCUUGCAGACGAUGUUACUCAUUCUACGGUGGGAGCCUAUUGCGAGGAUCCGUUUAUGUCUGAGAUCAUUUGUAGACUCGAGGCGAAGGACAACGUGACCUUUGCCGAGUUUGAGUUGGUCAACGGCUUGCUGUUCCUUGAGAAGGCUGGGAAUAAACGUUUGCUUGGCGAAAGCCUGUCCAUGGACUUCAUGGAUACGCUGGUCACCAGCAAGAGUGGUAUGCGGUCGGCGCGUCGUGGAGCCCCAGCUAUGGCGCUAGGUGAGCCCCGCUGCAGGUCACGGGUUCAACUCCAGGGAACUGUGCAGAUACUGUACACAGGUAAGCUGAGGUCAAGGGAUCGCCCCCUGGGAUCUGCAUCGGCUACUGCUAAAGCUGUUGCAGUUUCAGGGGGUGCAGACAGCAUGGCAUUGAGCCUACUUGUUUCACGAUGGAUGGAAAACUGGCGAGGAAAGGGUGACAAAGAUGGUAGCAGAUCGAGUCACACGAAAAUAUUUGGUAUGGUGGUGGACCAUGACCUUCGUUCUGGAAGUUGCGAGGAGGCUGCCAAGGUUGGUGAUUGGGUCCUUGCCAUUGGGAUGGAACAUGUGGGGCUGCGUUGUCAUUGGCCACUUGGCAAGCCUGCUGGAGGCCACCUCCAGGAAGCUGCUCGCUUGAGCCGUUAUGGGUUAUUGCUUCAUGAGUGCCGAAAGAGACGGAUACGAGUUCUGAUGACAGGGCACCAUGCCGACGAUCAGGCAGAACUCUUUCUGCUGAGGUUGGCACAUAGCAGUGGCAUCAGGGGAUUGGCAGGUAUGCCUAUUGCUUCCUUUGCAAGCGAUUUGAUAUCAGGUGUGGGAGAGAGAAUGGCUUCCUUUGCCAGUGAUUUGACAUCAGCUGUGGGAGAGAGAAUCGUACCUGGAGUAGUAAAUCCAGAGAAUUUGGGACUGGGUUGCGAGCAGAACAGGGUAAUGCUAGUACGCCCACUCCUGAAGCUGUCUAAGGCGCAACUGAAGGAGGUCUGCGUGACUCUGAGUCAGGAGUGGGUUGAAGACCCAAGCAAUCACGUGUCGCUCUUCUCAAGAAAUCGCAUACGACAGGUUUUACAGGACCCUGAAUCAGGUAUAGAUUGGGGACUCCCUGUUGCAACGCCCACCAAGGUGAUGAAGAUGGCUGCCACCAUAGCCAGGUUAGACAAGAGGGGAUCUCCAGCUAAUCUGAUCGGGCCCGUUCGAUGAGUCAGUCCUCUCUUUCGUUUUUUUUAAUUAUUUUCUUUAUUCUGCUGCGUGAAUGCCAUUCUCUAAGUCCAAAUGAAUUGCCGCUCCGGCU